GGGUGUUUGUAUGCUUCGUAAGUGUUUCUGGCUCUAUGGGUUUCGAAAGGUCGCGACUCGUGACUUGAAAUUGCCGUCCCUUGCGGCUCCGUUUCAUUUCUGCGUACCUGAGCUCCACGCUCGGUUCCUUGGCGACUGGAGCGGGUUGAUCUGAAAAAUGGCGGAAGAUUGUCCUACGAUUGCGAAGAAUGUCGCUGAAUUGAUUGGUAAAACGCCUCUGGUUUAUCUCAACAAUCUGACGACUGGCUGCGUUGCCCGAGUCGCUGCUAAACUGGAGAUGAUGGAGCCCUGUUCCAGCGUCAAAGACAGAAUCGGAUAUAGUAUGAUUGCUGAUGCAGAGGAGAAAGGGCUUAUUCAACCUGGGAAGAGCGUCUUGAUUGAACCUACUAGUGGUAACACGGGGAUAGGUCUGGCCUUCAUGGCAGCUGCAAAGGGUUACAGGCUUAUUCUCACAAUGCCAGCCUCGAUGAGCCUAGAAAGAAGAAUUAUUCUUAAAGCUUUUGGUGCUGAACUUGUGCUCACCGAUCCAAUUUUGGGCAUGAAUGGAGCUGUUCAUAAGGCAGAAGAAUUGGCAGCAAAGACACCCAAUUCCUAUAUUCUUCAGCAGUUUGAGAAUCUGGCUAACCCACGGAUUCAUUAUGAGACAACUGGGCCAGAGAUAUGGAAAGGGACAGAGGGUAAGGUUGAUGCUCUGGUCUCUGGCAUUGGAACUGGUGGUACGAUUACUGGAACAGGAAAGUAUCUGAAAGAGCAAAAUCCUGAGAUCAAGCUCUAUGGUAUUGAACCAUCUGAAAGUGCAGUAUUGUCUGGAGGAAAACCAGGUCCACAUAAAAUUCAAGGAAUAGGAGCUGGCUUUAUUCCUGGUGUUCUGGAUGUCAAUCUAAUUGAUGAAGUUGUCCAAGUCUCGAGUGAUGAAGCUAUAGAAACUGCAAAGCUUCUGGCCUUGAAAGAAGGGCUGCUGGUUGGAAUUUCAUCUGGGGCUGCUGCUGCUGCAGCUAUUAGGAUUGCCCAAAGACCAGAAAAUGAGGGGAAGCUCAUUGUUGUUGUCUUCCCGAGCUUUGGAGAACGUUAUCUAUCCUCGGUGCUCUUCCAAUCAAUCAAGAAAGAAGCCGAGUGCAUGGUUUUUGAGCCUUGAGGACAGUAUCUGGUUGCUGUGAGAGUGUCAUUUCCAUUUCAUGUGUCCUUUGAGCAAUAUACCAGUCCUUGUAUUGAUGUCUGCAUGAGGAAUAAUGUGUUGGUGGAGUUGAAACUUGUCUCAGAUUGAAGAUGGAGAAAUAUAUUCUGUGUUGUUCAGUUUGA